AUGAUAGCAAGCAGAGACACUUCGAGACGAGUUUCUCUUCUGACGGGACAGUUCGUUUCGCUUUUUCUCUUCUCUGUGAACAUUUGUAGCAGAAAGACUCUGGUUUCAUUUUGACGAGUAUAGUUGUAGCGAGUGAACAGUAUUAUCAUACACGCGAGACGGAAAACGACAGAGAAAGAGAGUGAAAAAUGGAUGUGGGUAAUUCUCAACAAAAGACGCUUACUCUUCUCAUAAAAACGCCCAACCAGGCACAGGAAGACCAAACCGUCGAUGGCGUCUAUCUGAACUGGACUGUAAAGGACCUAAAAACACAUCUGUCGGGUGUCUACCCAACCAAACCGGCUGUGAGUGACCAGAGGCUGAUCUAUGCUGGUAAACUGCUGCCUGACCAUCUGCACAUUAAAGAUCUCUUCAGACAGACGGACUCCAUUCCCACACUGCACCUGGUGUUUGCAGUUAGGAAUGUACCCCAAGGACCACUGGGAGCUAGACCAAAGACCAAUGAGACAGAACAGCCACAUCCCUCCAGUCCAAGGCCUAUGUCAGCCUCUGCUUCACCCAGCAGCUCCUCCACAGCCCAGACUCCCAGCACACCAGAGCUGAGGCAGAGGAGGCAGAUGUCUUCAACUUCAGCUGCCACACCAGCUCACACACAGACCCCAGCAUCCCCUCCAGGAAGUCCUACGUGGCCUGCUGCUGCUGCAGUGCCUGGAGCACCACAGAUGACCCAACCAGCCUUUCCUAACUACUCCCUUUACAGCCCUCAGCAGCUGCUGUGGCUCCAGCAUGUCUACGCUAGACAGUAUUACAUGCAAUAUCAUGCAGCUUUGGCAGCAGCAGGCACCACUCCCUCGGCACCAGCUGCCACCGUUGGCCAGUACCCUCCUGUUCCCGCCCACCAGGUACCUGUCCCAGCCCCCUUAGCCAAUCAGAACCCCAUCGACAACCUGCCAGCAAAUCAGAACCCAGCGCAGGAUGGCGCCUUCAUCAACCCUGGGGCGGCCAACCAGAACAUGCGGAUGAACGCACAGGGCGGGCCCGUAAUGGAGGACGAGGAGGACGUGGAGCGGGAUUGGCUGGACUGGUUGUAUUCCGCCGCAAGAUUCGGCGUCCUGCUCAUGAUCGUGUACUUCAACUCCAACCUGAGUCGAUUUCUGCUGGUGAUGAGCACCCUCCUCCUCAUGUACCUACACACUACUGGCUGGUUUCCCUUCAGAAGGCGAGCACAGGUCCAAGGACCCAACCACCUGCAGCCCCCAGAGGACCAGCACAACCAGCAGAAUGAGAACAGGAACCCAAAUCCUGCCGAAGAGCUUGCUGACAGACAAGGGGAGGAGCCUGCUGCAGCAGCAGAGGAAGCAGACGGACAAGGACCAAUGACAGCAGUUUUAGUGCCUCCUCACAGGGUGUCAGUCAUGUGGACGGCCUGGGUUUUCUUCAAAACUUUCUUCUCCUCUCUCAUACCCGAGGCUCCUCAGGGUAUGGCCAACUGAUCAACUCGGACAGACAAUUGAUAGAGACAGCAGACUCUAUUUUUCUUAUUCAGUGAGGAACAAUAAUCUAUGGAGAUGUUUUCAGUCACACUUGAAAAGUUGGUGGAAGGAAAAGGAAGAUGUCUGCCGCUGCCCACUCAAGAAUGAACAAAACAUAUUCAUGUUCAUAUCAACAGGACUGGAACCACCCUGUUGAAACAGAAUCUGGGACAGCAGUGCUAAGAGGUCCAGAUGUAUCCAAGCAACACUGCUGUCUUUUUUUUAUUUUUUAUCUUCUUAAAACAACCAUAGACAGGUUUAACACCGGCAAAGUAAAGCCGCAAUAGACCGUUGAAUUGCCAAAAAUGUGGACUGGAUGCAGAAGUCAAGAAGGAUCAGAAACAUCAAACAACUUUUAUGCAAAAAUAAAUUAGAAAAACUAUCCCAGCUCUCCAUCUGACAAAAUGUCUACCAGUUUGUAAGACAAGCAGCCACCUAGAUGGUUUCUUUAUCCAUGAAACAACAGUAGGUGGCAGCUGAGGGUAAAACAAUUAUCCUGAGUUUACACUGGUGGCAGUUUUGUGCCUAAAUUAUUCUUCCUCUGAGGAAAUGUAUGACCAUGGACAUUCUGAUCCCUUAGGAUACAAAAUCAGUUUGUCUUGAGUUUUCACAUUGAAAAUCCAGAUUAUCAUGAGCCCCGUUCAGUUUGAAUGAAAAUCCACACACAGACAGAACUCAGUACUGUAUGUUAUUGCUAUCUGUAUCUGAUUUGUUUUUGUUUUUUUGUCCAGGCCAUGAAGAUUUGAAUCUUAUCUUUUUGUUGCUUGUAACAUUCAAAUUAUUUUGGCCUUUACUUGCUUACAUACCAUCACUGUAGCGAACACUGAACAGCCUUUAUACCAGCAGAAACUUCCAGCACAGAUACUAGAUGAGGUUUCUUAAGCAGUUCUGUUGUGGGUGGAUUUUCCUGUUAUGUGUUUCAGGCGAUGGUGAUUGUGACCAAAUAUACAAAUUCGACUGUUUCACUCUGCUUCAGUCAUUGGGUACGUUCUCUGUAAAAUAGUGAUGUUGGCCCAAUAAAAAAAAAAGUUUUGUAAAUAUACUGUAUGUACACAAAGCACUUUACAACAUGUGUCUUAAGCAAGCUUCUUAAUAUAUAAAUGGGUCAUGGUUUAUUAUUAAAUAAUAUUGGUACCUAAAGGCCUCAAGUUUAAAUUUCAAGUCAAGUCUAAAACCUCAUUAAAACAACAUAGGUAAAGGUCAAAUCAGUAAUAUUUGAAUUAUAGUAAAUUUUAAAAAAAAGUUAUUUAUAAUGUCAAAUAGUAUAUUUAGAAUAUUUAUGGAGUUAACUUCUUCUCAGCUGGCUCUGUAUUGUUCAGACGUUGUCUUUGCACACAGGGAAUACCUUCUUUUACCAUGUUAUAUCAUCACAAGUCAUCAGAGUUAUGCAGUUAUGUGACUAGAGGCCCUAGCUCUUGUUUUAUUGAAAUGUAUUAACUUUAAUCUGUGCAUCUUUUAUUGAUCUAUAGAAGGUUUUACUGUCAAAUGUCUGCUUAUUAUACAACUUAAAGUAAACAAGUGAAACAGCUCUUCCUGUCAGCCAAUAGAUUUCAUGUACUGCAUUAGCCCUGAUUUAUUAUAUAUCAACUCUCUGAUUCCCUCGGGGAAUGAGAAUAGUUUGAGACAUUUGGACACUGUGUAUAAUUGUACAAUAAUUUUUAAUGUUAGGACCUUGAAUUUCUUUUUUGGUUUUGUUUGUCUUACUGUAUGAAUUGCUUAUUAAUGGAUGCUGUAGAAUGACGAGUGUGUUGAAGGAGACUUGCAAUAAUGAGAUGCAAUAAAUAUUCUUAACAUCA